CUUCCGCUUGUCAACGGACUGCUAAAGGAUAUCAGCGAUACAAGUGAAGCUGUACAGUUCGGCUGUUAGGUAUAAAUUAAAGAACAGGGUUUGCUCUUCCGCGUGGUUUCACAGCUCCAGACGGUGUAAACGUCCGAGAUACUCAAGUACAGAAGACAACAUGGGAAGAACACUGAGAAGAAAACAAGUCUUCUGAAAGCACCAGGAGUACAGAUAUUGAGAGAGAGAGUGAGAGAGAGAGACUCCAUCUACAUGAAGUCCACUGGUAUUCUCUGAGCACACAGAGGUCUGAUCAAGGCUGAAGAUGGUCUGAUGGACCGGCGCUUCUUGCUGACAUUAAUCUUCUGUUCAGUCUCAUGGAUUUUUUUUUGGGAACUGCGCUGGAAGAAGAGCAAGGAAAGUCAGAUUGAAGAAUGGCUGCAAGGCCAUAGUCUGUCCGAAUACAAGCAUUUAUUUGAAGAUGUGCAGUCUCUGGAAGAGUUGAGUCUGAGUGUGCUGACUCGUUUGGAGGAGGUGGUGAAGGAACAGCGGCGCUGGAGGGACAUCGCUGAAGCCAACGUGCGUCUGCUCAGAGACUUUGCCUUUCAGGAGUGGCUGUGCUCCCAGAGCCUUGAGCACUACUACCACACUCUGAAAACCCUGGGAUGCACUAAUUUGGAUGAUCUAGCUCAGUUUGACAGCCAGCUUCAGCUCUCUCUGGCAGCCUGGGGCUAUUACUACGAGGACUACAUCAAGCUGUCCACAGGCGUAAAGGUUCUCCAAGCUUCCCGGGGUAGCAGAGACCAGGACUUCGAGGUUCAGCUGGUGCACAGCCUUGCUGAGAGGCGCCUGAAUGAGAAGUGGUCCAUCGCUGGAGCGCUGAUAUUCGGCUGUACUGUUGCACUGUGCUUUCUGAUAAGGGACCUCAUGUUUUACGUGAUUGGUGGAAUAACCGUUUCCAUCAUCGCAUUCGUCUUUACCAUCAAGUUCCUAUGUGAGCUCGCAGCACGUGUGGUCAGCUUCCUGCAGAAUGAGGACCCUGGGCGUCGUGGCGACCGCAGCAUUUACGACUAUGUGCGGGGGAACUACCUGGACCCGCGCUCCUGCAAAGUCUCCUGGGACUGGAAGGAGCCCCAGGAAGUGGGCCAGACCAUGAGCUUCCGUGUGCAGCUCUUCUAUAAGAAUGGCCAGCCGUUUCCAGCUCACAGGCCCGUGGGUUUGAGGGUGAACAUCACUCACAUAGAGCUGGCUCUGGACAUUCCUGUCACCCAGGAGGUCCUUCAGGAGCCUGAGUCCAACGUGGUGAAAGUGACCUUCACUGUGCGCAAGGCGGGCCGCUAUGAAGUGGCUGUUAAACUGGGGGGGCUCAAUGUGGCAUACAGCCCCUAUUAUAAAAUAUUUCAGCCAGGGACGGUGGUGCCAUCCAAAACAAAGAUUGCAUACCACUUUUCUACUCUGGUGUUGACGUACGGUCAACAGCACACACUGCAGAUCGAGCCUCGAGACGAGUAUGGCAACCCUACCAGUAACUCCGUCUCUCUCGUGGAUGAGGUCAACUACAGUGUGCAUAUACAUUCAUUGGGGACUAUGGAGGAGGACAGUUCUGAAGAUUACUACAGCAUGACUGUCAGUUGUAAUAAGCCACAGUGUCAGGUUCUGCUGCGGCUCACUCUGAAGAAAAAGGGCUGCUUCAGGACACGCAUUACUUACAGGGACCAGCUUCUCAGUAAUGGAGAGUUUGACAUCAUUGUGCUUAGUGAGAACGAGAAGAACUGUGUGGAGAAGAACGUGUCCACCCCAGGAAUUAGUAUCUAUUUUGAGGCCUACCUCUAUGGUACAGGGAACUAUAGCAGCUCUACCUGGCAGUUCCCAGCAUCCUCUCUGCUCACCCCACCACGGCGGCCAUCCAUGGGCGAUGAUGAGGAAGAGCACGACUCUCCAGUGGAGGGCCAACUGGAGAAGGUCAAGAAACCAAAAAAGGUCUACUGCUACAUAUCACCAAAGCAACUCUCUGUGAAGGAGUUUUACCUGAAGAUUAUUCCGUGGCGCCUUUUCACUUUUCGUGUGUGCCCAGGAACAAAGUUCACCUACCAUGGGCCUGACCCAAUCCAUAAGUACCUGACGCUGGUGGUGGAUGAUGGGAUCCAGCCUCCUGUAGAACUGAGCUGCAAGGACAGGAACAUUAUGGCAGCCACAUUUAUUCGCUUCCUCCACAAGAACAUUGGAGGCUCAGAAACAUUUCAGGACAAAGUGAGCUUUUUCCAGCGAGAGCUCAGGCACAUUCACUCCAAGAGGCCACGAAUUAAAACCUGCCUGAAGAUCAGCCGCCACUCCAUUCUCGACUCUUCUCUAAAGGCCACCAGAAACUUCUCUGUAUCAGACUGGAGUAAGAACUUUGAGGUGGUGUUUCAGGAUGAAGAAGCUCUGGACUGGGGAGGGCCAAGGCGCGAGUGGUUUGAACUCAUCUGUAAGAAUCUGUUUGACACCAAUAACCAGCUCUUCACACGUUUCAGUGACAAUAACCAGGGUCUGGUCCACCCUAACGCAGAGCGUCCUGCUCACCUGAGGUUGAAGAUGUAUGAGUUUGCAGGGCGUGUGGUGGGGAAGUGUCUAUACGAGUCAGCUUUAGGAGGAGCCUACAAGCAGCUAGUGCGAGCCAGGUUCACUCGCUCAUUCCUGGCCCAGAUCAUCGGCCUGCGCAUGAACUACAAGUACUUUGAGACCGAUGAUCCAGAGUUCUACAAAACAAAAGUCUGCUUUAUCUUAAAAAAUGACGUGAGCGAAAUGGACCUUGUAUUUGCUGAGGAAAAGUACAGCAAGUCAGGACAACUGGAAAAGGUGGUGGAGCUGAUAUCGGGUGGUGCUCAAAUUGCUGUCACUAACGAGAAUAAGAUGCAUUACCUGAAUCUGCUGGCUCAGUAUAGACUGGCCAGUCAGGUGAGGGAUGAAGUAGAGCACUUCCUCAAAGGUUUGAAUGAACUUGUUCCCGAGAACCUUUUGGCCAUAUUUGAUGAAAAUGAGUUGGAGUUGCUGAUGUGUGGUACUGGGGAUAUCAACGUGCAGGAUUUCAAAGCCCAUGCUGUUAUCGUUGGAGGCUCCUGGCACUUCAGAGAGAAGAACAAAACAACGUGCGAGUGGUGGUCUCUGUCUGCUUCCAAACAAACCCUGGUGUGGUCUGACUGCCUUGAUUCAGUACAUCAAACCUGCUGUGGAUUUUGGGCUGUGGGAAACAUUUUUUGAUAUGCAAGCUGCUAAACAUAUAUGCAGAAUGGUAAAACGAGUGCCAGAGGAUAGAACUAGAGAACAGAGGUACAGUGUAUUCUGGAUAUCACAGCCAAAGUGUACGAAAAGCUUAUUUAUAUUUUUAUUCGAUUAUGUAUAUAUUAUUUAGCAUUGGAUCCAUGCUGUCCAUGCUUGACUGAUUCUCUGUACUUCGUCACACACUUGUAAUUGUUUUACUCUACAUUUUCGGUCACCGUAUUCGUCAUGAAUAAAUGAAAGUUUUGCCUUUACCAGUGUUCGGGUCUACUCUUCUCACAUACCCCUCAAUAAUGUUUUUUUGAGUUUGGUUCAUUUAAAUGUGUGUGAAACCUAAAAGACAACUUGCAGUGAUUUUCACAGUGGCUGUUCAGAUUUGAUAAAGUUAAAAAAAAUUAUAUAUUGAUGAAAGUAUUGAAAUGUAUUUACAGUUUGUAACAUUCCAACUGCUGUUUUGUUACCACAUAAUUCUUUUUAAUUC